UGCCUGUUUCCCGCUUUCAGUUGGAGAACAGCAUUAUAUGCUCCAUAGUUUAGUUUUAAGCUUUUCGAUGAAUAGUUUAAGGCAGCAGCAUGCUAGUGAAAAGUUUUGUUGUCUAUGUGGUAAUUGUCACACUGCCCUUGGCAUGCGGCUUCCCUGAAAAUGAACUCUUCGAGACCCCAAUGGGUAAAGAAUUGCUGAAACGUAGUAAGGCCGCCGAUAUCAAAUCAUGGAUGGAUGCCAGCCAUAAUCCCUGUGGCGAUUUCUACCACUUUGCCUGUGCCAAUUGGAAACGCAUCAAUUCGGCCCAGUUGUUUGGGGAUUAUGCCACCGAUCAAUUUCAUGACAUGCUCAAAUUAAUGGAAGCAAAAAUAUUGGAUUUUUUAACUGAUCCCAGGAGGGGAGCUGUGGUGGAGGAUAAAUUGAAAGAUUUCUAUGAGUCGUGUUUGAGAGUGCAUUGGAAUGAUGGUGGCUACUUGGAGGCACUGCGUUCGGUCUAUGGGGAAUAUGGAGAAUUUUCAUUUCUCAAAGUGAAGCCGGUCAUUAGAGGACUUGGCGACGGAGAAGAGGGAAAGAUGAUGGAGGGGCAAAAUCAAGAAGUUGAAGAAUUCCAUUGGUGGUCCACCGUGGCGAAGAUUAAAAAUACCUAUGGCCUAGCCAUUAUAUUGUCGGUGGAUGUUUUGAAGGACCUAAACAAUGCCAACCAAACCAUGGUUUAUUUGGGACCUCCAAAUUUCGAAAGAAACCCCACUGCUGCCAAUCCCAUAGACCAGUUACAGGAUGCCAGGCUUCAUGCCUUGUUACAGCAAUAUCUAGGAUUAGACAAGGACUCGGCCAAGCAGGUGGCCAAAUGGAUAAUGAAUUUUGACAUUUUACUCUCUCAAAGCUAUACCGACAAACAUGAAGGUAAAUCCAAAGCGGAUCUGCUCACCCUCUACAAUGUCAGCGAUUUGAAUGAGGAAUUCCAAGACCAUUUCGAUGUGGAGAAAUUUUUACAACUGACCCUGGGUACUGAGAAUUUGCCGGCCCAGGUCUAUGUCUAUGACAAAAAAUAUUUCGAAAAAUCUCUGCUGAUUAUCAAGGCCACCGAUUCGGCUAUUGUUGAGGACUAUAUUCUGUGGUCUCUAUUAAAAGAUUUCAUCAUUUACGGUAAGCAACGGGCUCCCAAGAAAUGGUGCGUGGCCAGGACCAAAAAAUACUUUAGCAAAUCCCUUGAACACGUCAUCUACCAGCAAUAUCGUUCGGAGCAAUAUGAAAAGGAGGUCUAUGAGCUGUGGCAUGAAAUCAAAGCCGCCUUUCAUGACAGCCUUAAGGGUGACAAAUACUAUUGGAUGGGUCAGAGCACGCGGGAACAUGCUCUGGAAAAAUUGGAUAAAAUGAAUUUAACCAUCAACUCCCAUGACAAUGAAAAUUUUCAGGAAUUCUUUAAGGAUUUAAUAAUUAGUCCCCACAACUACGUGGCCAAUAUUAAGGCGAUACUCAAACACAUCGAAUCCCUGAGACCCAAUAAAUUGGAAGUGGCCACCCACGACCUGGAAAACGAGGAGAUAAUGUCCUUCACCCCCACAUAUAGUGAGUUCAGCAAUGCCAUACAAGUGCCAGUAGCUCUACUGCAGCCCUAUCGCCUAUGGCAUCCCCUCUACCCGAAGGCCAUAAAAUACGGUACCUUGGGCUUCCUGCUGGCCCAUGAAAUGAUCCACGGAUUUGACGAUGAGGGACGGGUGUAUGAUGCCCAUGGCAAUGCCGUCAAUUGGUGGGACGAAAAGUCUGCCUAUGAAUUUGAAUCGAGACGUCGUUGUUUCCAGGCCCAAUAUCACAACUACACCUAUGGUGGCCGCCUGCUGCCCAACAGUCGAAGGCAAAGCGAAAAUAUAGCCGACAAUGCCGGGAUUCGUUUGGCCUACACCGCCUAUGUCCGUUGGCUGGAACGUGAAAAGCCUACGAACGCCAACAUUGAACGUGAAGAUGUCUUACCCAAUUUGGACUACAACAAUCGCGAGCUGUUCUUCAUCAGUUUUGCCCAGCUUUGGUGUGAAGAUGUUCAAACGCUGUUCAGAAGUUAUUUAGCCUUCAGCGAUGUCCAUGCACCCUCUAUGUAUCGGGUUAUUGGUUCAUUGUCGAAUUUCCACGAUUUUUCGUGGAUCUUUCGAUGUGAUAUGAAACCGGAAACGCCCAUGAAUCCCUCGCUGAAAUGUGAAUUGUAUUGAAACGAAGAUGAAAAGAGUUUGUAUGCGAUUUUUAAUAAAAGAAAUAGAAAAAAAA